ACUGACAGUGACACUGACAAAUAAACUGUAAAGUAAACAAAUAAUUUUGACUUUUAGUUUGUAAUUUUCGUUUAGCAUAUUAAAAAACAAAGUUUUAUGCGAUUACAGUUAUACAACUAAAAUGACGAUCUACAAUUUAUACAUUUUUGAUCGAUAUGGAACUCUACUUUAUUAUGGAGAAUGGAACCGGACUAAACAAGCAGGGAUGUCUCGAGAAGAGGAAGGAAAGCUGAUGUAUGGAAUGCUGUUCUCUAUAAAGUCAUUUGUUGCCAAGAUAUCUCCACUGGAUCCAAAGGAUGGUUUCCUGAAUUAUAGAACCUCUAAAUAUACACUACAUUGCUUGGAGACUCCAUCAGGACUCAAAUUCGUAAUGAACACAGACAAUCAAGCACAAGGUGUUAGGGAAUUAUUAAAAAAGAUUUAUGGUGAAAUCUAUGUUAAAUAUGUAGUGGGUAAUCCACUGUGCGCUAUGGGAGAGCCCAUUAAUAGUGAAUUAUUUAAAAAUAAACUUGACACUUUUAUCAAACAGGCACCUUUAAGCACUGUCAGAGCAUCUUGAUAAAACUUUUGAUUGAUUCCAAAAUCAGUGGUGUGGCAUGCCAAGAAUCAUCAUAAAAAAAGAGGAAUAUGAAGGCAGAUUGAAAAAGAGCAAAGUAAUCAAGUCUAUUAUAUGGCUGUAUUUUCUUUGUUUAUGUUGAUAUGACAUUAUCUGUUAUUGUGAAUUGUGUUGAUUUAAUUACAGAACUCAACAUAAAAGGGAAUACCCAUCCUUGGCCCAGGCCUACCCUAACCACCCAGCAAUUUACUUAUAUUAAAAAAAAUCUUGAUAAUUCUACUUUAAUAUUGAAAUCAUUACUUUAUCAUCAUUAAAGUUUUACGACAUUUUUAAUUUGUCCACAACAGGGACUAGCUAAGAUCGUUGACCAUACAGCCUGAGUUUUUUGAUAUUUUUUGAAGACUUAUGAUUGGUUUGUUUGUUUGUUUUCUUGUUUGAUAAGCUUGUAUAAUGUAUAAUAUAAUAAAUAUUACUUGGCCGCUUGCCAAUGGGCAUGCCCCUUUACAUAUUUAUGACAGGCCCUGUUAAGCUUCACCACUGUUGAAUAUUGUAAAUAUAAUUAUAAUCAAAUUUAUAAUUAAUUAAUAUAUGUUUAUUCCAGUUUUUGAAUAAAUUUAUGGCUAAUUUUACAUAUUACUGUUCAUAACAUAACUAAUACUAAUGAAAACAUAACUUUCUUACUCAACCAGUAAUCAUUACGGAUACUUGUUAAGUUAAAGUUACUAUAUUAUUUAUUUGUGAUCAUUCAUUUGGAUGACUGGUAUUAAGAGAGUAGGUAUAAGAAUGUUAUUUUUUAUUGUUGGUUUAAUUACAAAACCUUUUAAUAAUAAUAAUUGUUUGCGAGUUUAUUGCCAGCUCUUCUCAGCAGAACCUGCCUUCUGAACUGUCAGUAGAGCCUCUACUGAUAGACAAAAUUGAUGUUUCAUUUGAACUUGUUUACGAAAUCUACAUUGAUUUGAUUUUUGUUACUGUGCUGUUACAUAAAUGUUAAAUUAUUUUUUGAUUUUGCUCUACUUAUUUUCUAAUAUUAAAUGUAUUGUAAGAGUGGUGUUUUUGAUGGUUUGAAGUUCAUGUUCAAGAGCACAUUUUUUCAGGAAACUCGCGAUUUUUACAGUAACUUUUUGACGGCCUCUGUGGCACAGUUCGAUCGUCGGUUUUCUUUUUUCGGAAAACACCAGAUUAAGUGAGAUUGUGAGAGAUAUUUCACCAAUUUUUGAUUUUACACGUACCUAAGGGGCCCCUGUAAUCAGUUACGGAUCAGGUUCAGAAAUGCAGAGAUCCGUAGAGAAAGAAUAACCAAAGUCAUCGACAUAGCUCAACCAAGUCGCAAAGCUGAAGUGACAAUGAGCAGGGUGUUUAGUUAGAAGAUCCGGUGGACGUUGCGUUGGGUUCUCAAAGUGCUGGAAUGGCGGUCCCGCACCGGAAAGCGCAGUGUUGGUCUAACCCCUAAAAGGUGGACUGAAAAUAUUCCCGCGACAGUCGCCGGCGGUCUGCGUUGUCGUUCCCGUGUGGGGCUUCUAUUGCUUAGCGAGUUCACUUGAAGUGCUCUACACACAUUAUACACAGCCUUUUUUUAUUAUUAUUUCUUUACAAGUUAGUCCUUGACUACAAUCUCACCUGAUGGUAAGUGAUGAUGCUGUCUAAGAUAGAAGCGGACUAACUUGUUAGGAGGAGAAUGAAAAUCCACCAAUCCAAUUUGGUUUCUACACGGCAUCGCACCGGAACGCUAAAUCGCUUGGCGGUACGUCUUUGCCGGUAGGGUGGUAACUAGCCACGGCCGAAGCCUCCCACCAGCCA